GCCCCGGGCGCCACAUCCGGCGGCCGCCCGGAGAGCAUAAAACCGCCGCUGUCGCCGCCGCCGCCGCUGUCGGCGUUGUUCGCAGCCGCUCUGGCUUCCUCUCGGCCUCGGGAGCGUCUGCUCCCAUGCUCCGGGGCAGCCAUGAGCACCCCGCACUGGUGGGACCAGCUGCGGGCCGGCAGCUCGGAGGUGGACUGGUGCGAGGACAACUACACCAUCGUGCCGGCCAUCGCCGAGUUCUACAACACGAUCAGCAACGUCUUGUUUUUCAUUUUACCUCCCAUCUGCAUGUGCUUGUUCCGCCAGUACGCAACGUGCUUCAACAGUGGCAUCUACUUAAUCUGGACUCUUUUAGUUGUAGUGGGAAUUGGAUCCGUCUACUUCCACGCAACUCUGAGCUUCCUGGGUCAGAUGCUUGAUGAACUUGCAAUCCUUUGGGUUCUGAUGUGUGCUCUGGCCAUGUGGUUCCCUAGAAGGUACCUGCCAAAGGUCUUCCGGAAUGACAGGGGCAGGUUCAAGGCAGUGGUCUGCGUCCUGUCCGCGGUUACAACGUGCCUGGCAUUCGUCAAGCCCGCCAUCAACAACAUCUCUCUGAUGACGCUGGGGAUUCCUUGCACUGCGCUGCUCAUCGCAGAGCUCAAGAGGUGUGACAACGUGCGCGUGUUUAAGCUGGGCCUCUUCUCCGGCCUCUGGUGGACCCUAGCUCUCUUCUGCUGGAUCAGUGACCGAGCCUUCUGUGAGCUGCUGUCGUCCUUCCACUUCCCCUACCUGCACUGCGUGUGGCACAUCCUCAUCUGCCUGGCCGCCUACCUGGGCUGCGUGUGCUUCGCCUACUUUGAUGCCGCCUCCGAGAUCCCUGAGCAAGGCCCGGUCAUCCGGUUCUGGCCCAGCGAGAAGUGGGCCUUCAUCGGCGUCCCCUACGUGUCCCUGCUGUGCGCCCACAAGAAGUCCUCGGUCAAGACCACGUGACGGAGGGCAGGCUUCUCCGCCUCAGGCUUCUUGCCAGCAAAGACCCCUGGGGGGUCUCAGAGUUGGGGGUGGGGUCUAUUUUCUUAAAAAAUGCUAUUUUCUUGGGCUUUCCCUGGUAUGUGUGGACCCCAGGACUCCACUGCUCCCAGAGAUGGAGCCAAUAGGGGGACUCAGUGCCUGCUUCCUGCGGGUCUGAGGGCUCCUGACCCAGCCAUUCCUGCUGACAGUCAGAUCCUGCCACAGACAGCACCCUCCACCCUCUGAUGGAGGACGCCAGGUUCCCACAUGGGAAAACCACACACACGCACACACAUGCACACUCACAGGCACACCUGUGGCUAGGGAAGCUAGCUUUCUGCUUGUAGCACCCAAACACCCGGGUUUCACAUGCCUUUGUGGAUCCUUUCACUUCUACCUCUGCCGAGAGAUGGAGACCUGACAGGUGAGGGUAAAGCGAAGGAGAAAACCCCUCUAUGCCAAAACGACUCUCCAUUCGAAGCCAUUUCUGAAGAUGACAAAGGGUUUAAAUACUGAUACUGUUGUCCCCCAGCCCAGCCCGGGAGCCUCAGACACAGAGGGGUCGCUGGGUCCCUCCCCAGACCCCAUCUCCCUGCCUGACUUCUAACAUCCUCGAAGGGCUGUGACAACCGUGAGGGUGGGCAUCCGGGCUCAGAACUGGGAGCAGCCACGAAGUUUGGAAAUGAGUUCUCAUUGGACAUCUCCUGUAUGCAGCCUGGACAUUACCUCAAGAACAUCCCCAUUCUUUCUCUGACUUUCGCUAUGGUGGUGAUCUCCACGCUGUCUGUAGAUGCUCCGAGCACUGGGUCCGCAGCCUCCAGUGCUGGCAGGAACCAUGCACCGGCUGCUUGGGCCUGGGCUGGAGCAGCAGAGCGAAGCUGUCGCUUCCGAGUUUUUCUCACCUAAAGUGACACUGGCUACGACCAAGUCUCCUCUUCACCGGAAUGGACGGGAGACUCCACACCCUCAUGAAGGUGUGAGGGAGGGAUUCAAGACCUCAGGAACACUCAUUCUCACUUGGGCGCUUCCUGCUUUGCACCCUUCCCCCCGUGCGAGGGCAGGGCAGGCUGCCCUUGUGCAGCCCGCAGACUCGCCACUGUCUCAGGCACCUCCCAGUGGGGCAGCACAGUGUGGGGUCUGGCCAGCAGCUGUUCCUCCGGCUGGAAUCUGCACAGGAUCUAAGGCAAAACCCCACGAAAGAACGGAAUUUAUAGUUUAAGAACGAAUGACUUUAUCUUCUCUGGUUUUCAAAUUAUUUUAGCAGCAGAACCCUGUUGGCAGUAAGAAAUCUUUACGGAACCCCAAUGUGUGAAGUGGGCUUUAUUAGCUUAAAUUUACUUUAAGGUUAAACAUACAGCAGUUCUUUAAUCUAGGAGGCAGUGAAAAGGCAAAUUAACAAUUUGGUGGUUUUCAAGGUAGGAAAAUGUGGUAUUGAAUGAGUGUACAUAUCGCUAUACUGUAGUGUAAAAACAUAUUCUAAAAACUGUACUUGGGUUAAAUAUUUCAGGAACCUCUAACCCACCUCUAUGCAGCCUAGGUGGUUCAUGAGACAGAAUUGGAAAACUGCUGAGUCCUUUGGGUUUCACGUCUAGAAUUUCUAAAAGGGGAAUGUCAGACUGUCCUCUGCAGGUUGGCUUAGCAGGCAGAUCCUGGUUUCGUCCAUUCUGCAUGAUGAAUGCCCCCAAGGAAGGGGGUUGGUGUGUUCUAAGCCCACCUGUCUUAGCGUGGGAGCGUACACCAGGAGAAGCAGAGAGAGAGGGUAGGGCGUGUCUGUGCGUGUGUGUGUGUCUGGAGGGUUCCUUAGCGAGGGGAGCGUUGUCAAGGAUGGACCAUUUACCUCCAUCAGAUGCAGGGCAGCUUCCCUGGGGAGCACUCCCUUCAGCUCCCAAGGCUUUGACCUUCUGGAAGUUUUGGGGUACCCUUUGGAAACGGGGCUAAGCGGUGACUGCUGGAAGUAAGAAAGUAGCCUGACUCUCCGAGCACAAGGACUAAGCUCAGAUGUCAGGAGGAAUGCUUCUGAUAGGAAAACAAUGCCCUGCUGGGGGUUGGUUUUAAUGCAACGAGGGCUGAGAAAGAAGUGGGGAGUGGGGUGUAUUGAGGAGGGCAAAACAUAACUCGAUUGAACUGUAGCUUGCCAGUGUGGGAUGGCAAAUCAAGAGAGUAUUUAAGUUAGGUGGGUGGUAUUCAUAUUUAUAGUUACAUACAUAUUUAUAAUGCCUUGAUAGCACUACUUGCUCUUUAAAGAAAACUGGGAUACUACAAAAUAAUCGGAGAGGUAAUCUAUUUCUAUAGCUCAAGGACAACCAUUAAUAUUUUGGUAUAUUUCCUUCUAGUCCCCCCCCCCCCCCCCCAGUUGUAUGUAGAUGUUUUCUAGAGCUGAUGGGUUGUCCUGUAGUUUAAACGGAAUGUGAGUGGGAGUUGGGUAUUUUGCACAAAGAGCAGGCCUCGACGUGCACUUGCAUUAGCGCGACCCUGGAGAGCUCGUCACUGGAUUCUGAGUCUGACUACUGAGUCUUCCCUGCUGAUGGAGCCGCGCGGAGUCAUGGACUGGAUUCUACCGGAUCUGCUUCUGCUCUGAGACUGACGAGUAAUAGGAAGUAGUAUUAAAAUGUGGUUCUCAGGUUUUGAUUUUAUUGAAUACUGUUUGCCAAUUUAAAAUAAGUGAAGGGCUUAUUUCAUUAGAGAAGGUGCAAUCAAGAAUCUUUCUCUCCCACCUGCCAAGGAAGGAAGUGGAGGUUUCACACUUGGGAGUUAGGUCACGGCAGUUGCUCAGCAUGGCUGUCAGAUUGCUGUUCUGGGUAGAGUUUGCCCCAAAUCAGUAUCCAGAAGGAAUGGAUUUUGCAUAUUAAAAAAGUGUUACCAUGUUAUUAAGUCAAUGAUUCUUAUUGAAUACUGUUUGAUUGAUUAUUGAUUUUUAGGGAAAGAAAUAUUUAUCCCCUUGAUGAGUAUACUAUUAUAAAACAAACACUUCAGUGAAGGUGCCUGGGAGCAGGUAGUAUCUGAAUCUCUUUGGUCACAUGCUACCUUUUGGGGAACUCUGUGCCUGUCCCUCUGAAGUGUGCCUGAGCUUGAGGGCCAUCAAACACGGGCUUGUAAAACACCAUCACCCGUUCUGAUUAUUGGGCUUCUCAGGUGGGCAAAGCAUCUCACCAGUCCAUCGUGCUUACAUGAGCCAGUGCCGUUGUGGUGGCCCAGGACUGGAUGGGAGCCCGCCCUGGCUCUCCCUCCCUCACGCUGACCUGGGACCGCUGUGAGGGACAGGUGAGGGCGGAAGCUGGACUAGCCAGAGCCCCGACCAGAGCUCCUUUCUCCAGAGGGACUUGGGACCUUUCCUAGCCAGCCUUUGCCUGGGUGCUGCCUCUAACUGGCCAAAGAGAAGUCUCGGGCCAGGUUGGGAUUCCUCAUGGAUUUUAUAACAUCAUUCUCCUAUGGACUUUUUUUUCUUGAAUGGCUCCUACUAUAAGGGACUAAUUGUUUGAAUUGUAUCUUUAUAUGUUAAGCCAGAUUUAAGAGUAUUUUAUAACCACGAUUUGUAAUGAGAACAAAUAUAGUAUUUUCAGAUAUAUUCUUUCUGUAGUGUAUACUUUAUGCAGGGUGUGUGCUGUGUAAGGUGUGUGCCCACUGGCUGUGAUGGCAUGCAACUCUGUUCUUUGGGAGAAGUGUAAGGCCUUUUGUAAUGGAACUCUUGCACCAUUCGGUGAACUCUGACAGCUCUGUUUCAUAAUAAAGCUGUGAUGGCAUUUUCUGUGAGUAAAUAUGUAUGUUUGUAGUUAUUUCCACAAUGACUUUGAAAUGCCUGUGUAAAAA